AUGCUACAUGUGGCCGGGAUGCUCUCCCCAUUGGCAAAGCUCGAUAAUAUCUCAGGUGCAGCUUUGCAAAUGCAGAGAGAACUGCAAUGGUUUAAGGAGGUCGAGACUAUUGUAUUACCCCGGAUUAAAGAAUCUUAUAAUAACAACAAUAUGACGCCACGUGAGCUGUUUACAAGGAUCCACAAGGAAUUGGUGAAGGAGGGAGAAAGAUGGAUGAAAGAAACUGCAACUUCUUGUACAGUUGUAGGUGCUCUCAUUAUUACCAUCAUGUUUGCUGCAGCAUUCACAGUUCCUGGUGGAAACAACGGAGAAACAGGCUUUCCAAUAUUCUUGCAUAAAAAUUUAUUUAUGACUUUUAUAGUUUCAGAUGCUAUAUCGCUCUUUUCAUCUACAACUUCGGUGUUGAUGUUUUUAGGAAUCCUUACAUCACGUUAUGCGGAACAUGAUUUCCUCAAAUCCUUGCCAACAAAGAUGAUAAUAGGCCUUUCCACUUUAUUCAUCUCUAUUGCCAACAUGAUGGUUGCCUUUUCUUCUGCCCUUUUCAUUGUGAUCCAUGAAGAAUCAUGGAUUGUUAUUCCAAUGAUUUUCGUUGCUAGUGUUCCAGUCACCUUAUUUAUUUGGAUGCAAUUUCCUCUUCUAGUUGAGAUGUACAUUUCUACUUAUGGACGAGGAAUAUUUGACAGGAAAGUGAAAUCAAGGGCAUAAAUUCUUCUUCUUGGAAGAGGAAUAUUUGAUAGGAAAGUGAAAUCAUGGACAUAACUUAUUGAUGGUACGUGUAAGUGGUAAUGUAUAAGUUUCGUAAUGUUGUAACUUCUAAGAAGCUUGUAUGCAUUGUCCAUGCCAUGUAUGUGUUUGGCAUCCUAUAAUAAAACUGAAAAUUCAAUAUC